AUGGGAGGAGGGGGUGGCUGGUUGAGCAGAGAAGGACGUGAUGCUUUGAUAAGGGCACAUUCAAGCGUGGUGUCUAUUGUUGGAAGCUUCUCUGGCGUUUCUCGUCUUCCUGCCGGCAUUAGAUCUGCCUCGAACAAAAUCAACAAUCCGAUGGUACAAAUUCAGCAGAUUCAAUCAACAGAUAAUGUCCUGAAACCCCUGGAUAUCAGCCCAUACAUCACCUCCAUGUAUUCCUCUAUGAUCAAUCCCAUUUUUUGGUUCUUCGUCGUUGCGAUUGUUCACGUAUUCACGUCAAUUAUCACGGGAAAGGGUGAGACAACCAGUUCUUCGUAUCUUGUUCAGCCACCUCUUUCGCAAUGGAUUUCCGCACCAAUCAAGGGCCAGGGGAGGGCAGAUCACCCGAGUUCUUCCUUAGACUUCCCGUUACUGUCAAAUGAUCAGGGCUUGAUCUAG